UUUUCCCACUGUCUCACUCGUUCGUAAAUAUUUAUCGCGACCACACGCGUAUGUAAAUAUGUAAAUAUACAGAAAUAGUAAACCGAGAACAAGUAGAAAAUUCUGACAAAACUAGUAGUUGUAUUAUCAAACAAGUUACUCGUACCUAUACAUAUAACCAUAAUGUUUUUAGAAUAUUUGCUCGUUUUAGUAUUUUUCUUCGCGAUUGGAAUAACUGCAAAUUCGGAAACCAGUAAACCGAACAUCGUUGUAAUAAUCGCAGAUGAUUUGGGAUGGAACGAUUUAGGAUUCCAUGGAUCUAAUCAAAUACCAACACCUAACAUAGAUGCUUUAGCUUACAAUGGUAUUAUUCUAAAUAGGCAUUACGUUCUUCCAACAUGUACACCUUCCAGAGCAGCUUUUAUCACUGGAAAAUAUCCUAUCAGAGUCGGUUUACAAGGUGAUCCUGGAAGAGCUCAACAACCAUGGACUCUACCUCUGAAGGAGAAAAUUCUUCCACAAUACUUGAAAGAAAACGGUUACCAGACACAUCUUGUUGGUAAAUGGCACUUGGGAUUUGCUAAAACUGUUUUAACACCGACUAAACGAGGUUUUGAUUCACAUUUUGGAUAUUUUAAUGGCUGGGUUAGAUACAACGAUAGUGUUUCCUCAUCCACACCUUAUACCGGAAUCGACGCUCGUAGAAACCUUAAACCAGCCGCUGAUGAAUUUAAGAACCGGUAUGCGACCGAUGUAUUCACCGAAGAAGCUGUAAACGUGAUAAAAAAUCAAAAUAAAGAAACUCCAUUCUUUUUGGAAUUCUCUCACGUGGCUGUUCACGCUGAAAAAAAUGAUAUCGUAAGAGCACGUGAUGACGAAGAUAAUAAUAAAACAUUCGGUUACAUCGAAGAUUUACAAAGGAGGCGAUUUGCAGGUGCGCUUCAAGCUCUCGACGAAUCAGUUGGCAAGGUAAUGGAAACAUUGAAUGAAACCGGUUUACUAGAGAAUUCGAUCGUAUUGUUUAUGGCGGAUAAUGGCGGAGCAACCGAAGAUCCUAAUUGGCUUUUUAAGAAUACAGCUUCCAAUUGGCCUUUGAGAGGGAUGAAAACUUCCUUUUACGAUGGAGGAGUAAGAGGAGCUGCUGCAAUAUGGAGCCCUUUAUUUAAACGUGUAGGACACGUGAGUAAUGAACUUUUCCACAUCAGCGAUUGGCUACCGACGUUUGUAUCAGCUGCAGGUGGUGAUCCCAGUACUAUCGAAAACAUCGACGGAAUAAACCAAUGGGAUAUUUUAACCGGAAACUUGAUAAAAACCGAAAGAAAGGAAGUACUGGUGAAUGUGGAUUUCGAGAAAAAUUCUUCGGCAAUAAUUCUCGAUAAUUGGAAACUGAUAAAACGUAAUGCAACUUUCCGACCAUCUUUCGCCGAUAUGUACGCCGGUGUCUCGGGUCGUGCAGAAACACCAACUUAUGACGUAAACGCAGUACUGACCAGUCCAACGAAUCUUUUAAUUGGCCAAAAUGAUUCCACAACCGGUAAUAGGUUCCUACAAAUACGCGAUGAGGCGAAAAUCGAUUCGAAAUGUCGGGAGAGAAUUUCUUCUCAGCCGGAGUCAAACGUUAUCAAAUGUCUGGGAAAUUGUCUGUAUGACUUGGAGAAGGAUCCUUGCGAAUUGACCAACGUAGCUGAGCAAAAUCCGACCAAAGUGAAGGAAAUGGAAAGCAGAAUAGCUUAUUUUGAAAGUAUUACCGAACCUCAGCAGAGUCGUGUCAAUGAUCCGAAAGCGGAUCCUAGUUUAUGGGGUGGUUACUGGACUCCUUGGUUGGAUGAGAAAGGGUCCAGUACUUCGUCAAGAAUUGCUCACGAUUUACUAGUUUUCGGUGCGAUGUUUUUUAUUAUUAAAAAAAUUGGCAGUAUUUUUUAAACUUGUACAGUACAAUUUUUUGUAAAUGUUCGAUUACCUAUUUUUGUUAUAACAAUUAUAAAUAAUGUUUUUGGUUAAAA